GAAGGAGAGGAUGAAAAACAGAGGUGUUUCGGCCCUCCAGGACCGGAAUUGAAGAACCCUGAUCUAGAAUUUGGUUUGGACAUUGAGGUUGCGAUCUAACAGGUGUUGAGUACAUCGGGGAAAAUCUUAUCUUCAAUUCGCAACAAUGUUUGAGACCAGCAGUGACAACCUGCCCAUGUUCUCCUACCAAGAUGAGGGGAUAGAUGACCUGUGCCCAGGGGAGCAGGGCUCAGCUGGUGUUGGGGGAGACAUGUCCCUGGCUGAGGCCCUCCUUCCCCUAGUAGAGUCUCCCUCUCUCCCCCUGAUCCCCUGGAAGUGUUCCACCCGCUACAAGACAGAGCUCUGCAGCCGCUAUGCUGAGACGGGCUUCUGCAUGUACGCAAAGCGCUGCCAGUUUGCCCACGGCUUCCAUGACCUCCACGUGCCCUCCCGCCAACUCAAGUACAAGACGGAGCUGUGCCGCACCUUCCACACGGCAGGCUACUGCGCCUACGGCAUCCGCUGCCUGUUCGCCCACAAUGCCAUGGAGCAGCGCCCCACCCGCCACCUCAACAUCCCCUGCCGUACCUACCGCUCAUUCGGCGUGUGCCCCUUCGGCAGUCGCUGCAACUUCCUGCACAUUGAGAGUGACGGUAGCGGCAGCUUCAGUGGUGGCGGCCUGGAGUCUCCAGACAGCGCUGCUGAGGAUAAGGUCCCCAUUGCCAGGCCCCAACCAUACACUCAGGGCUGGAAGCCCCGCAGGGCCCUGUGCCGCACCUUCAGCUCCUUUGGCUUCUGCCUCUACGGCACCCGCUGCCGCUUCCAGCACAGCCUGACCAGCAGCAUCAGAGGCCCUGACUCCACCACCCAGGGGGGUGACUGCACUCCUCAGCUGUCCGGUGGGAGAGCCCUGUCCACAGCCUCAGACAUGUUCUCCUCCUCACCCUGCUCAUCCAACUCCUCCUCGCCCCCCUCUGGACUACCCUCCCCGGUCUGGCCAGACGACUCGUCGCCCCUGACCACCCUGCUGAACGAGCCCGUGGCCCACAAUGCCUUCACCUUCUCCUGCCAGCUGAAUGAUCUGCUGCUGCCUUUGGCCCUCAGACUCCAGAAGCUGGAGAACAGCCAGGCCAUGGCCGCUGCCUGCACCAUGCAGGAUGUGUGCGAGAACAAGCCAUGGUCACUGUAGUCAAGACCACAGUAUUUUUGUUGUAAUGUAUAGUGUAUAUAGUCAUGUAUACUGUAUAUAGGGAUUUGCUAUGAGCUUGGAAGCCAUAUGCGUCAAUGUAUUUUAAUUGAGGGGGUUGGGCUGAGUGUCGGUUUUGGUGUUCCAUGCGUUAAUCUUCCAUGAUAGUUUGGAGAAAUGUUGGGACUGUCCUGCACUACAUUUGUAUAGCAUCUGUUGAUUUUAUCAAAUUAUUAUAAUUUUUUUACAAUGAGUUUUGACUCACCCAUCUCUAUAUGUAAAUUAGGUUUUUAACUAUUUGAAUCAGUUAUCAAUGUUGGAUUCAUAAAUGUCAUGUCUAAGUUUUUCAAUAAAAUUUAUUGUGACA